AUGACUGCAAAAGAAGCAGAAGAAGGAGAAGAUAUGACAAUGAGAGUGAUACUCCCGCGGCUCAUUGAUAUCACUGUCUUCAUCUUCAACCUGGCUUUCUUAACAGUCAUGAAGGCCACUGUCACACCACAAAGACAUUUACUCACUAGAAAAUGUCAGAAUAAGCUCUUUACUGUCCUUCAAGAAUGA